AUGAGGAUAUGGCUUAUGUCUAAAACAUCUACCACCCUGCAUGCUUCUCCGGCAUUGCACUCGUGUUGUGUCCUCUAUGACCGCAUCUUCAUCGUCCUCAUUCUACCAUUGAUCGAUGUCCUUAAUUUCAGAGUCCGACCAGAAUGGAAGAGUUCUAGUGGAAAAUGUCCUAUGAGCCGAAAGUCAGAUGAUUAUAAUUAA